CGUGAACUCCAGCGUCUGACGCAACAGAGACAUUCCUCGCCUCACGUUUCCGGCGUACCAUCCCGCACCUAUAUACCCCCCACCUGUCCCCUUCAUAAUGCUCUGCACUCGGCGGGUCCUCUCUCGCGCACAACUAAAGCCACUUUGCCUCUCACCCUCCGUCCGUCCGCUACCAUUAUCAUGUCUACCCACCCCCAUUCGUCCACGGCAUCCCGCCUCCCGCCAGAUCAGCACAACCCCACCGACUCAUUCCACAGGCGGCGCCGUCAAACUAACAGUCGAACGAUACCCGCACCUUAAGCGGGACCCGCGGUUCAAGAAGAUUGACGCCGCCGAUGUGGAGUUUUUCAGAACAGUGGUAGGGUCGAAGAGCGUGAUUACAGCGGAGGAGCCGGACGAGCUUGAGCCGUUUAACCAGGAUUGGAUGCGCCGCUACAAAGGCUCCUCAUCCCUCGUCCUACGUCCCACCAGCACCGCGCAAGUCUCAGAAAUCCUAUCCUACUGCAACACGCACCGCAUCGCCGUCGUGCCGCAAGGGGGCAACACGGGUCUAGUGGGCGGGAGCGUGCCCGUACACGAUGAGGUGGUGCUGAGCUUGGGGAAUAUGAAUAAGGUGGUGGAGUUUGAUGAGGUUGCGGGGGUGCUGACGUGUGAGGCGGGGUGUGUCUUGGAGGUGCUGGAUAAGGUUGUGGGGGAGAGGGGGUAUAUGAUGCCUUUGGACCUAGGCGCCAAAGGAUCCUGCCAAAUCGGCGGAAACGUAGCCACCAACGCCGGCGGGCUCCGUCUGCUCCGCUACGGGUCUCUCCACGGCACCGUGCUGUCGAUGGAGGUGGUGUUGGCCGACGGCCGGAUAGUCGAGCUGGGCAAGCCGCUGCGGAAGGAUAACACGGGUUACGACCUGAAGCAGCUGUUUAUUGGGUCGGAGGGGACGUUGGGUGUGAUUACGAAGGUGUCGAUUUUGACGCCGGUUAGGCCGUCGAGUGUUCAUGUUGCCCUCUUCGCAGUCCCAUCCUUCUCGCACGUCGUCAAACUCUUUCGCGCCGCCCGCACCGACCUCACCGAGAUCCUCUCCGCCUUUGAAUUCUUCGACGCUACCUCCUUCACCCUCGUCAAGCACCACAUCCACGGUAUCCGUGACCCCUUCUCCACUUCCACCUCCUCCUCAUCCCCCUUCUACGUCCUCAUCGAAACCGCCGGCUCCCACUCCGACCACGACACCGCGAAACUCGACGCCUUCUUCGAACGCGUGUUUGAGAACGACAUUGUGGAGGACGGAGCUGUGGCCCAGGACGAGGCGCAGGCGAAGGCGAUGUGGAGUAUCCGCGAGAGCAUCACCGAGGCGCUGGCGAAGGAGGGCGGGAACUACAAGUACGAUCUGAGCGUGCCUGUGGAGCGGUUAUGGGACAUCGUCACGGACGUGCGGGCGUAUCUCACCAAGGUCGGUGUGUACGCCGGUGAGACGGGGGCAGAGACGACCGCAGAAGGGCAGCCGAGAUUCACCCACAUCGCCGGCUUCGGCCACAUGGGCGACGGCAACCUACAUCUCAACCUCACUUCCACGGGGUACCACCCCACCCUCGACACCGCCAUCGAGCCCUACCUCUACAAGCUCAUCCAGCGCCACGAGGGGUCCAUAUCCGCGGAACACGGGCUUGGGUUGAUGAAGGCGCCGUAUUUGGGAUACAGCAAGAGCGAAGAAUUUGUGGCGUUGAUGAGGAGCGUUAAGGGGGUGUUUGAUCCGAGGGGGGUGUUGAAUCCUUAUAAGUACUUUCCGAAGCAGGAGGAGGGGGAGGGGAUUACGGAGGCGCCGGGGAAGACGGCGGUGGAGAGGCAGACUAGGCAGGUUGUAGAGUAGGGUUUAGAACGCGGUAGAUGGUUUGAGUUGACAGCAUCAGUAUGGUGAAAUUCCUAUGGUACUGAGAACGGCGAGGGUUGCUCGCUUAUCUAC